GGACAUGCACGGGUAUGCAAAGCCGGAUCGCCAUGGACGACUGGAAAUGAAGCUUACACUGUUGACAACGCCAAUUGCACUUCUUAUAGUGACGCUAGGUAGUACCUUCGUUUUUAUACUAGUGUCCCAGUCGAGCCGAUCUACGAGACACCCAGACUCGAUGUCUCGAAGCUUUAUUCUGUGGCUUCACGGUUUGGGUGACUCUGGCCCCGCCAACGAACCCAUCAAGUCUCUCUUCACUUCUGCAGAAUUUAGGAAUACCAAAUGGGCCUUCCCUUCUGCUCCCAACAAACCAGUCACCUGCAACUAUGGCGCUACUAUGCCUUCAUGGUUUGACAUUCUCGAGAUUCCUGUGACUGCUGAUUCCCCAAAGGAUGAAAGUAGUGUGCUGAAAGCUGUUCAGAAUGUGCACGCACUGAUUGACAAGGAAAUAACCUCAGGGACAGAUCCUAAAAAUGUAUUUUUGUGCGGAUUCAGUCAAGGAGGUGCUUUAACUUUGGCAAGUGUUCUGCUGUACCCUAAAACACUUGGAGGAGGUGCAGUCUUUAGUGGAUGGGUUCCCAUUAAUACUUCAAUGAUGGAACAAUUUCCACCAGAUGCAAAGAAGACACCUAUACUGUGGUCUCACGGAAUGGCAGACCAAACAGUAUUGUUUGAAGCUGGACAAGCAGGGCCCCCUUUCCUCGAAAAAGCAGGUGUUAGCUGCGAGUUCAAGGCAUAUCCUGGCCUUGGACAUUCAAUUAACAAUUUGGAGCUGCAAUAUCUGGAGUCAUGGAUCAAGACACGUCUGCAGAGCUCUUCCUAGAGGAUAUAAUUAUUGAUCUUCUAUAAAUAGUCAUUAGGACUUGGUGUUAGUUUAUUUUACCUAGCCUGGGAAGACUGAACCACCUCCUUAUUCUGUUCUAUAUAACAGCGGUUACUCGCUUGUGUGUUGUUUGAUUUAAUCUUCCCAUAUACGUAAUAACUCUAUUAAAUUCCUGAGGGUAUAGUUUCCACAUAUGGAAGAUACCAUA